CUUUCCCUUUUUCUCUCUUGUUUCCCUCUCUCCCUCCUCCUCUUUCCUCUCUCUCUCUCACCUCUUCGCCAUUUCUCGCCGUCGAACGCGGGGUUUCUUCUUCUUGGGGGAGGGGAGGGACGGGGAGAGGCGCUCGUUUGCUUGGGAUCGAGGCGCGGGCGAAAUCUUGGAUUAAGGUUUCGAUCUUGGGUCGUGGCGGCGUUUCCAAGGCUGGGGAGGUGCUGAGGCCAAGAUGAGCGUCAAUACUGUGCCGGCUUCCGCCUCCCAUGGCAACCUGGACGAGCAGAUCUCGCAGCUCAUGCAGUGCAAGCCGCUCCCCGAGCAAGAGGUUAGGAUGCUGUGUGAGAAGGCAAAAGAGGUAUUGAUGGAAGAAAGCAACGUUCAGCCUGUGAAGAGCCCUGUGACAAUCUGCGGUGACAUUCAUGGGCAAUUUCAUGAUCUUGCGGAACUAUUUCGAAUUGGUGGAAAGUGUCCAGAUACAAAUUACUUGUUUAUGGGUGAUUAUGUUGACCGUGGGUACUAUUCUGUUGAGACUGUUACGCUUUUGGUGGCUCUCAAGGUGCGUUAUCCUCAGCGGAUCACCAUUCUCAGAGGAAACCAUGAGAGUCGUCAGAUUACUCAAGUUUAUGGAUUUUAUGAUGAAUGCCUGAGAAAAUAUGGUAAUGCAAAUGUAUGGAAGAUCUUCACUGACCUUUUUGAUUAUUUCCCAUUGACGGCAUUGGUUGAGUCAGAAAUCUUCUGCCUGCACGGUGGAUUAUCUCCAUCUAUUGAGACUCUUGAUAGCAUCAGGAGCUUUGAUCGGGUUCAAGAAGUUCCUCAUGAGGGUCCUAUGUGUGACCUUUUGUGGUCUGAUCCUGAUGAUAGAUGUGGUUGGGGCAUUUCUCCCCGUGGUGCUGGAUAUACUUUUGGCCAAGAUAUAUCUGAGCAAUUCAACCAUACCAAUAACCUUAGGUUGAUAGCCAGAGCUCACCAAUUGGUUAUGGAUGGAUAUAACUGGGGACAUGAACAAAAGGUGGUAACCAUAUUUAGUGCACCAAAUUAUUGUUAUCGUUGUGGCAACAUGGCUUCCAUCAUGGAAGUCGAUGAAUGCAAAGGGCAGACAUUUAUCCAGUUUGAACCAGCGCCGAGGAGAGGAGAGCCCGAUGUGACUCGGAGAACACCUGACUACUUUCUUUAAGCAGAUAUCGGCGGGAUACUGUUGAUGUCUGACAGCAAGUGCUGCUUGCUGCGUGAGGUUAUGAUUGCAAAUAUAUUCUCAAGAUCUCAUAAUUAGCAUUCUUAUAUCAAGAUCUAAUGGCAAAUAUGUUGUAUAAUGUGGCCGUAAGUUUUGCCCUUUAUUGACGUGUAACUGAGAUCCAUUAUGGCUGGUGGCAACACGGUUACGAUGCAGCAGCGGCAGCCGCAUGUAUCAUGUUGAAGGCAUUAUGUUCUCCCCAAUUUAUAUAUAUUUUUUCUAUUAUUGAUUUUUAAUUCUACUUGUGC